CAGCCGCGGCGGCUACUUUCGAAAAACGCCGACGCUCAGCGAUUCUGAUCCGGCAUCUAGUCUCUGUUCGCGGGUCAGUUCCGCAAUGGAGGUCACGUCAGCUAGGCGCCUCGGGAAGCGCUGGAAUCUACCAGCUACGUGGUGUGAGAUUCCAAGCUGCUUGCUAAUGGAGUAACAAAGAAUUACAAGGCAUUUCCCAAAUUCAGAGCAAUAAAAACCAAUGACUGAAUUUUAAAAGCAGAUCCCAGAGUCAUUAAGACAUGCUACAUGGCAGAGAUUGGGGAAGGACAAUUCAAGGCAGUUAUUAGAUACUGCAAAGGCUCUCCAGGCAUGGCCACUGAUAGAAAAGCGGACAUGUUGGCAUGGUCAUGCAGGAGGAGGACUCCACACAGACCCAAAAGAAGGGCUGAAAGAUGUUGAUACUCGGAAAAUCAUAAAAGCAAUGCUUUCUUAUGUGUGGCCGGAGGACAGGCCUGAUCUACGAGCUAGAGUUGCCAUUUCCCUGGGAUUUUUGGGUGGCGCAAAGGCCAUGAAUAUUGUGGUUCCCUUCAUGUUUAAAUAUGCUGUAGACAGCCUCAACCAGAUGUCGGGAAACAUGCUGAACCUGAGUGAUGCUCCAAAUACAGUUGCAACCAUGGCAACAGCAGUUCUGAUUGGCUAUGGUGUAUCGAGAGCUGGAGCUGCCUUUUUUAAUGAAGUUCGAAAUGCAGUAUUUGGCAAAGUAGCCCAAAAUUCAAUUAGAAGAAUAGCCAAAAAUGUCUUUCUCCAUCUUCACAACUUGGAUCUGGGUUUCCACCUGAGCAGACAGACAGGAGCUUUAUCUAAGGCUAUUGACAGAGGAACAAGGGGUAUCAGUUUUGUCCUGAGUGCUUUAGUAUUUAAUCUUCUUCCCAUCAUGUUUGAGGUGACUCUUGUCAGUGGUGUUUUGUAUUAUAAAUGUGGUGCCCAGUUUGCGUUGGUAACCCUUGGAACACUUGGUGCAUACACAGCUUUCACAGUUGCAAUCACACGGUGGAGAACUAGAUUUAGAAUAGAAAUGAACAAAGCGGAUAAUGAUGCAGGUAAUGCUGCCAUAGACUCACUGCUGAAUUAUGAAACUGUGAAGUACUUUAACAAUGAAAAAUAUGAAGCACAGAGAUAUGAUGGAUUUUUGAAGACAUAUGAGACUGCUUCAUUGAAAAGUACCUCUACUCUGGCUAUGCUGAACUUUGGUCAAAGUGCUAUUUUCAGUAUUGGUUUAACGGCUAUCAUGGUGCUCGCCAGUCAGGGAAUUGUGGCAGGUACACUUACUGUUGGAGAUCUAGUAAUGGUGAAUGGACUGCUUUUUCAGCUUUCACUACCCCUUAACUUUCUGGGAACUGUAUAUAGAGAGACUAGACAAGCACUUAUAGAUAUGAACACCUUAUUUACUCUACUCAAGGUAGACACCCGAAUUAAAGACAAAGCAAUGGCACCUCCCCUUCUGAUUACACCACAGACAGCUACGGUGGCCUUUGAUAAUGUGCAUUUUGAAUACAUUGAGGGACAGAAAGUCCUCAGUGGAAUAUCUUUUGAAGUCCCUGCAGGAAAGAAAGUGGCUAUUGUAGGAGGUAGUGGGUCAGGGAAAAGCACAAUAGUGAGACUGUUAUUUCGCUUCUAUGAACCUCAAAAGGGUAACAUUUACCUUGCUGGUCAAAAUAUACAAGAUGUGAGCCUGGAGAGCCUUCGGAGGGCAGUAGGAGUGGUGCCUCAGGAUGCUGUCCUCUUCCAUAAUACCAUUUACUACAACCUCUUAUAUGGGAACAUCAGUGCUUCACCUGAAGAAGUAUAUACAGUGGCAAAAUUAGCUGGACUCCAUGAUGCAAUUCUUCGAAUGCCACAUGGAUAUGACACUCAAGUAGGGGAGCGAGGGCUCAAGCUUUCAGGAGGAGAAAAGCAAAGAGUAGCAAUUGCAAGGGCCAUUUUGAAGGACCCCCCAGUCAUUCUCUAUGAUGAAGCUACCUCAUCAUUAGAUUCAAUUACUGAAGAGACCAUUCUUGGUGCCAUGAAGGAUGUAGUCAAACACAGAACUUCUAUUUUCAUAGCACAUAGAUUGUCAACAGUGGUUGAUGCAGAUGAAAUCAUUGUCCUGGACCAGGGAAAGGUAGCUGAACGUGGUACCCACCAUGGCUUGCUUGCUAACUCUGGCAGUAUCUAUUCAGAAAUGUGGCAUACACAAAGCAGUCGUGUGCAGAACCAUGAUAACCCCAAAUGGGAUGCAAAGAGAGAAAAUAUGUCCAAAGAGGAGGAAAGGAAGAAACUACAAGAAGAAAUUGUCAACAGUGUGAAAGGCUGUGGAAACUGUUCCUGCUAAGUCACAUGAAACAACUUUUCUUUCUUUCUUUUUUUUUUUUUGACUGUACAUUUGCGCUGAAGCAGAAUUGUUUUAUUUUUAAAAAUCAUACAUUCCCAUUUUCUGUAACCCUUCUUUUAGAUAAGAUUUAUUUGGAAAGGGAUUUUAGUUUUACAUCUUUCCUAAUCUAUUAAAUGUGUUGUCUAUAUUUAUCCCCAAAGUAUUUUCUUAUUACUGUCUCAGUUGUGCUCAAAGAAUAAUUUUUGUUAGCAUUUGAUUUUACCCUAUUUCCAUUUUUGACACCCAACAUCCAUUUGAUAUCCAUCACCGGAUGAAUCAGAUUGGUUUCUAAAUGUUUGUAUAGUUUUUAAAAAUCUCCUUUAUGCUGACAAUGUAAAUGGAAAAUGUCUGUUUCUUAAAAUUAAAAAAAAGAGAGAAAGAAAAAAAGGACAGUGUAGUUUUAUUGUUUCUCCUCCUUCCCAGUUGAAAUACUUCAGUGAUCUGAAAAUGAAUUCAUAAGCACAUCUAAACUUGUCAGAAAUAGACACGCAUUUAAUUCAAAUGUUUUACUUGAUAGAUACCUAUGCUUACAUUUUUAAAAAGUUUUUGUGAUUACGUACCAUUUUGCAGAAAAACUUUAAUUCUCGUAUUGGCAUGUAGAAUAUUCUUCAUCAUUAACUAGCACCGUAGCUGUCAUCUAGUAACUGGAAUUUUAUUUUUCUAUCAGAAUGAGAUAUUGCUUUUGUUUUUGACCAAAGUGUAUAGUUUUCUUAUAAGUCUCAUAAGCCCUGAGGUGACUUGACAGUUGCUACACUGGGAAUGAUCUAAAAAUCUUGGGAACUUAAUGGCAUUUUCCAUUUCCAUAUUAAAUGCACUGCUUUCACUAUCUGAAAUUAUACAGAGAAACAACUGAAGGAGGUGUGUGCAUACAUACGUGUGUGUGCACAUGCUCACGCAUGUGUAUAAAGCAACAUUCACUUAAUUAUAAAGACCUUUAGGGAAAUAGGAGAGGAUUGUGAAUCUUUGUUGAUACUUCAGAAUUACUUGAUUAUGAGAUCUUAUCUUCCUUUUUCAGUACUUUAAUGAGUUCCUUUCAGCUUGAUGUUAGCAGCAAGGAGGAACCCAAAUAAUAUAAUCAAGUUUUACCUGCUAGAAAUAAUUAAUAUAAUGUUGAUAUGUAUUUACUCAGUAAUCUCCUCAUUUCCAGUUUUAAUUUGCUUUGUUUGGUAGUAAUCAUUCAAUUUGCAAAACUUGUGUGUAUCAUGAAUGGCCACAUAGUUGUUGUGUGUUGUCAAGUUGAUUCUGACUCAUAGCGACCCUAUAGGUCAGAGUAGAACUGCCCCAUAGGGUUUCUUAGGCUGUAAUCUUUACAAGAGCAGAUUACCAGGUCUUUUCUCCUGUGGAGCAGCUGUUGGGUUCGAACUGCCAAUCUUUUGGCUAGCAGCUGAGCACUUAACCAUUGUGUCAUCAGGGCUUCUACAUAGCUAUAUGUAAUAAGGUUUUAUUUUCUCAGAAAAGGGCCUAAGGUACUUAUUUUAUUGAUUUGUGAUUUUAAUGUGUUUUAAAUAAUAAUUUGGUAUGGAAAAGACUAAUAUAUUUGUGUUUUGUUUUGUAUUGUUGCAAUUGGCGGGUGGAUAGCUAAACUUACCUUACUUGGAUGUCCAGUUUCGUUAGAUAUAAAAGCAAGUCUGGGUAAGUAACCAGAAGCCAGUAUUUCAUAGUCUUUGAUGUGAUAAUAUUUGGCACAGGAUGGAUCUUGAUUUUGAAGUUGGAGUUAACACUGAGGUGCUUAAUCAACUGCAAAAUGUUUUUUUGGACGCUACUUACUCUGAAGCCAUAGCCAUUAUUAUUCUUCUGAGACAAAAGGUACUUCCUUUGAUUAAAUGAGCUGCAUUACUGGAAAUGUGGUUAAAGUCUAGUUAGAAAUUUUGCUUCUCUGUUAAUUCCUUCUAUAUAUUUCCGAAUAUGCUGAUGAAAAUAAUUUAUCUUAAUUGUAUAAUCAAGCUACUGGGAGUGAAGUAACUAUUAGUAAUAUUCAUUUUGAAGUGUGAAUAGCAAUGUUCAAAGUAAGUGAUUCUGUGGUAUUGGGAACAUUUAGUCAAGGAAGAGUAGGAAUGUUUUAGGAUGGCAGUUUCUCCACUAAGAGAUUUGAAGCUAUUUUCUUUUCAUUUAAUUGGAGAUGGUCCCUAGGCCAUUGGGUCAUUGUGGUCAUUAAGUAGUAUUUUUAACUAAUAAAAACUAAAUUACCUGAAAAACUCAGUUAUUAUAAGGGUCAUAAUUAAGUUUUAAAAGCUUUUCUCUUAACCCCAUUAUAUUAAGGCAGUUCUGUACAAUAAAAUAAUAGAUUAAAAUGAAAGAAAAGCUUCCUAGGAUUAUUCGCUCAGAAGAAAUACCAAGAAAAAGGGCAUUUAAUUAUAGUGUAUUAAUUAUACAUUACAGUAUUACAUAUUCACAUGAAAGGAUAAGGUGUAUAAACUUCUAGAUCAGUGUUGCAAAAUAAUUUUUUUUAAUGUAUAAGAAUUAAUAAGCUACAGUCUUGGAAUAUGGACUCUCAAAAUGGAGCAAGUUGAUUGGCUUUUAUUUCUUAUAUCCCUUUAUUUUAAAGAUUAAAAAUUUACUUUCUUCCUAAGGGAAUCACAGUUUACAAAAUUAAAUUAAAACCAAGGUGAUUUGGGACCAUUAAAACAGGGCCAGAUGCCUUCCUGAAGGUUCUUAACAUAGAAAUAUCUUGGUGAGCAGAUGGGCUCAUUUGGAAAUUCUGGAACAGCUCAAGUCUGAGGUUCACUUAGCAUUUGAACGAACAAACUCAAGAAAUGCAUUUACUUUUCUUCGGCAGGGAUUUGCACCUUUUAUAUAUCUUAAGAUAAAGUUUUGCUUGUCUUUCUCUUAGAUGUUGACAAAGCUUAGUUUGUGAAAGUGGCAGUUUUAAUAUGUUUUGCUUUAAAGGCAAGGUAUUUAAAAAGUGUUUAUGAUUCCUUGUUCCUGGAUCACUUUGCCCAUACUGCCCAUCUUACCUUCCUAAUUGCUGAAUAUGUCAGUGAGUAGCAACUUUUGCCAGUGUAUAUUCAUUAUUUUCUUACCUUGUAGAUUAACCCCCAGAUGUUCUGUUGUAGAUUUGUAGUUGACAGCAUUUAAAAAUGUUUGCAAUUGCAGUUUUUUUUAAAUUAGAGAAAGAUGCUUUCUCUCCUUUGAGUAUAUAGAUUUUGAAUGUAAAUUGUGUAGUAAAUGACAGUAUUAAAUCAGAUAAGCUUAUUAAAAACUAGUUAAAAUACUCAGCAAAGGAGGCCCUUUACCUUAGUUUUAAUUGUUUAUAGUAAUCUGUAAAGAUAAUCAUUGUAGCAUAAACAAAUUGUCUUUGUGACUAGAAAUGAGUGUCCCAUUAAAGCAACUCUUUUCUGAAAUACACAGGAAAAACUGAUAUUUUAUCAUUCAUGUACUCAGAAUAAGUAGAGAUAAUUAAUAUACACUCUGGGAGUAUAUCCUUACAGCCCUCUGCAGAAGGUAAGAUCUUGGAAUUGUUUGAGAGAAAAUAAUUGUUUGCAGAGUUCAUGAUGUGGGUAAAUUGGUAGCAAAUUACAGUGCUUUCAGUUAGCAUUAAGCAGUCAUAUUUUUGAUGACCAAUCAGUGGAAGACUAGUUUCUAUUACCCCUGGCUUCUCAGUUCUAACGAUUAGGAAGAAAACCUUUGGGAAAGAGGAAUGUCUUGACUGAAAACUGCAUUGAAGUGGCAUUUUGAUUAGCUAGGUAGAGUUGGAGAAUGAAGUGCAUAUUCUAAUUAAAAACAAGUUAGAACAUUUUUUGUUUAAAAAAAAAGUCAAUGGAUUAGUUUCCAUAUGUCCUGUUCUCACACAGCUACCAUAGAAUGUUUUUCACUGAUGUAUUUAUGACUUUCUAUUUCAUUUCCAUUUAUAUUUCAUAAAAUCUUAGGAUUUUGAAAUUCGAAGGAAUUUAGAAGUCACCUAAUACAAUUUCUUCAUUCUACAAAUGAGGAAAAAGAACUUGACGUAAAGUCAUUGAGCUUGCUAGAGGCCAAGUUGGGAUGAAAACCCUGGGCUCUUGACACCCAGUCAAUUUCUCUUUAUGCUGCACCACAUUUCCACUAAGAAGUUACAUUCAGAAGAAUAUUGAAGGGCAGGACUUCUAGAAUGGUGGAGUAAGGAACUCAGUGGACCCUCUCUCUAGCAAAAAAAUUUAAAGCCUCUGGAAAUUGUCCUAAGGGCAUACAGCAAAUGAGGAAACAUUCAUUCAAGAAAAAUCUACUAAAUCUUAGUAAGAAGAGCAAGAGUGUGGCAUUUAAGCUACAACCUGCUCCCAUACUCCCCCAAACCAGGUCAUUUGUUAAAGAAGAUCUGCCCCAGGCACUUUAUUCUGGGCAGGUGUGAUGAAGACGAUGGGGAGUGGGGAGAAGGGCUCUCUCUUCCCCUAGCUCCCAGUUUGGGGCUAUGAUUUCACCCUGGCAGGGGCAGGCUGCCUAUGUUUCCCUUCCUCCCAUCAGCCUCAUGUUAAACACAAUUCAGGCAGCACUUGUAGGGUGGAAGCAUCACUUAAUGUGCAGAAGGCCAAGAAUACGGGGGCCUUGGUCUCUCCCACCCCAGCUUGCUCAUAGAUUAAAAGUUUCGCAUAGGAGAGACAAACUGAGAAUACCAGAGGCAGCCAUCCCUGACCCCUGCCAGAGAAAGUGUACCCCUAUCCCCAGCUGCAAUUCAGUGGUGCGGGGGUUCCGCAAAAGGGGAAAAGACAGUCCAUAAAGACAAAAAACUCCACAGGUCUGUUUGAGGGGACUAUUUGGAACAGCACUUGGAGAACUCUAUCACUAAGGACAUUGUCGAAAACAAUGGAGAUCUUGAUGGAGAUCAGUUGGGAGGAGCUGGUACAAGCAAAACCUCAGAGCAGCCAGAAGUUUAAUAGAAAUAGGAAAAGAGGGAGCCAAGAAGAACUCUCCUGGGAGCACAGACAACUUUGAAGUUGAAAAGGUUGUACAUAUGCACUAGGCUGCACCCAUUCAAGAGGAGCCUUGGUGGUGCAGUGGUUAAAGUGCUCAGCUGCUAGCCAAAAGGUCAGUGGUUCAAACCCACCAGCUGCUUUGCAGGAGAAAGAUGUGGCAGUCUGCUUCUGUAAAGACUUAACAGCCCUGGAAACCCUAUGGGGUAGUUUUACUAUGUUCCAUAGGGUCACUAUGGGUCAGAAUUGACAGCAAAAGGUUUGGUUUUGGUUUUUGCACUCAUUCAGGAGUAAUCAGAGGAGGACAUAGGGUAGACUUUAAAGCAUUCCUAGUAUACACAGACCCAUCAACACAGGGCAAAAUCUUCACUCGCACAGGGGUUUUAAAACAACCUCUGGCCAAACACUAAACAAUAAGCUACUCUGACCAGGGUUGACUCCCAAAAACAGGCUAAAAAAUAAAAUCACACUUAUCCCUGUUUGUCUGGAAGACGAUGUUCAUGUCCAAGGCUGUGCAUGCUUGGGAACAAUCAGAGGAAACCUCUAAGCUACUAGUUCCUAGCUGAACAUGAGGCAAAAAGUGUAAAUUCUCAAUUAUAAUAGCAGCCUGUAAGCACACACACAUCCAAUGGUAAAGAGUAAGACUCUUACUGUCCAUUUAAUGCCUUAGUCUGACCCAGGGGCAACCCCUAGCUAGCGAGACUAAAUUAUAGAAAUAAGAGGGGGAAAGAGUCUAAGCAGAAACAUCCAAGGCUGCACAGUGGAGGGUAAAUAGGCUUCACAAAAUUAGUGCACCUAAGUCACUGAACAAGUAAACCACCAAAUGACAACCUCCUAUGGAGGGAAGGAAGAUCAGUAUCCAGAGUUGCUACAAAAUUUAUCUAAAAUAUCCAGUCUACAAUAAAAAAAA